AAUCACAUGUUUGUUUUGGGAAAAAUGGCCGAAGAGGCAAAACAGCCAAACUCAGUAGAGAAAAAUAGCGACGCCAAAGAUGAAGAACCAGACGCCUCGGAACUUAUUCAAGAUAACAAAGAAAACUGUAAUGAAGAAGAGCAGAAACACAGACAGGCAGCUGAAAGCACUUGGUCAGCACCUAUUCUAUCGCUGGCACGGAAAGCAAGCGAGACGAUUAGCAGUGGAGUAAACACAUACGGGGCAGCUUUGAAGAACGCAGCGCCUGGGUCUGCAAGUAACAGCUCUCCGACUGAACUUCCCUCGGUCAAUGAAACGACCACCACAACCACGGCUGUGAAAGACCCUAUGACCGUGGAGAGGUCCAAUCUCCUCAGCAUGAUGAAACUGAGUAUAAAAGUUCUCAUACAGUCUUCACUUAGUUUGGGUCGGACCCUGGACUCGGACUAUCCACCACUGCAGCAGUUUUUUGUAGUCCUGGAGCACUGCCUAAAACACGGAUUAAAGGCGAAGAAAUCCUUCAUCAGCCAGAAUAAGUCAAUAUGGGGUCCCCUUGAAGUUGUUGAGAAACUGUGUCCAGAAUCAUCAGAUAUUGCCACCAGUGUACGAGAUAUGCCUGGCCUCAAGACAGGACUUGGGAGAGCACGUGCCUGGCUUCACUUGUCCCUGAUGCAGAAAAAGGUGGCAGACUACAUGAAGGCCCUAAUUGAUAGAAAAGAUCUUCUUGGGGAUUUCUAUGAACCUGGAGCACUAAUGCUAGAAGAAGAAGGGACCGUAAUUGUGGGUAUGCUGGUGGGACUUAAUGUCAUUGAUGCCAACCUUUGUGUGAAAGGAGAAGACCUGGACUCGCAGGUUGGUGUCAUUGACUUCUCCUUGUACCUGAAAGAUCCACAGAACAGUGAAACCCCCAAAGAUGAUGAUAAAAUGACUGCCAUUUUGGACCAGAAGCACUACAUUGAGGAACUGAACAGACACCUCAGUUGUACAGUCACUGACUUGCAGGCCAAGAUGGAUGCACUGGAAAAGACCAACUCCAAGCUAAUAGAAGAGCUUACAGCAGCGACAGAUCGGAUCAAUUCACUUCGAGAUGAACAAGAGCAGCUCCGACAGGAGAAUGCCUCCAUCCUCCAAACCAGCCAAAAGAAAGAAGAGGCCACCUUGCAGGACAGUCAGGUGGAGCUAGAAACAUACCGACAGACACGGCAGGGCCUGGAUGAGAUGUACAAUGUUGUGUGGAAGCAAUACGGGGAGGAAAAACGCAUCCGGCAGGAGCUUGAGAAGGAGCUGGAGCUGCAGGUGGGUCUGAAGCAGGAGAUGGAAGUGGCCAUGAAGCUGCUGGAGAAGGACACCCAUGAGAAGCAGGACACACUGGCCGCUCUCCGCCAGCAGCUGGACCAGGUCAAGACCCUCAACCUGCAGAUGUUCAACAAAGCUCAGGAAACAGGCAAGCUGGUGAAGAAGAAGGAGGAGGACGCAGUGAAACUUGUAGAGAAGAUGAACCGCAUGGAGGCAGCCAUGAAAGAGCUGGAGGAGAGGUUACUGAAGUCCGAACAUGCCCGCAAACAGACUGACCAAUGUGAGAAGGACAUGAGGUUGGAGCUGGAGGGGAAAGUAGAGGCUCUAGAGCAACAGCUUACUGACCUCGACUCACUGAGGCUGGGGCUGGAGAGUGACCUGCGCAGUGAGAAAGAGCAGCGUCAGGGUCUGCAGAGGGACCUGCAGAGGGAGCAGGACAACAGCACUGAGCUGCGCACCCAGCUGCAGCAGCUGCAGGGCCUGCAGACGGAGCUGUUGGACUUGCAGCAGGAGAAGACUCAGCUCCAGCAGACCUGUGAGGAGCAGGAGCAGGCUCUCCAGGAGAUGGGCCUCCACCUUAGCCAGUCCAAAUUGAAAAUGGAGGAUUUCAAGGAGGUGAAUAAAGCGUUGAAGGGUCAUGCGUGGUUGAAAGAUGAUGAAGCUACACAAUGCAAGCAGUGCCAGAAGGAGUUCUCAAUUUCACGCAGAAAGCACCACUGCCGGAAUUGUGGGGACAUCUACUGUAGCAACUGUUCCAGUAAUGAGCUGGCUCUGCCCUCUUACCCCAAACCUGUCCGUGUGUGCGACAUCUGCCACUCACUGCUCCUUCAGAGAAGCUCCUCCACUGUGUCCUGACAGAACUUGCACAACACAACACAAAUAUCUUUAUUGUAAACACUUAAUUUAGACUGUUACUGUAACAGUUACUGCUAGCUUGCAAUAGGCUGAAAUGAUGACUGUAUGUAAUCUAUUGUGGGAGUUUCUCAACCCUAUGCAUCACCUAUUUGCCUGAAAUUCAGGAACAUAGGGUUAGAGUAGUCAUUAGGUCCAGCAAUUCAUCUACAUGCAAUGUCUUCUCAAAGCACAGCUGUAUUUUCAGAGUGGUGGGUUGCAUUCUGCUGAAGUCCGUCUUGAGUGUGACUGGCCUUUAAUCUACCCCCCUCCCUCCUUCAAGCUCCAUGCAAAUCACUAAAUGUUCUUCUUCCCAUUUAACAACACCUUGUUUACACAGCUUAGCUUUUGGUGCCUUCACAUACAAGGUUAUCCAUGUUGGUUUCUGAUACUAAGAUUUAAGUUUUAAAAUAUGCCAGUAACUCUACAGGAUUACCGUAACUCCCCUGUCUCCCCAGCCUAUUCUACAGGGGUAUCAUUUAAACCUGCUAGUAUACUGUGUGUAUAUUGUGGGAUAGGGAAGGUGGGUGAGACCUAAUGAAUGGAACAGUGUGAGCUUGUGAGAUCUUCAGGGCAGGUGUCUAGUUUGCACUGCCAGCCCCCCCCUCCCCCUAACAUGUCUUGCAAGUCUUUCACCUUUUCUAGCUUCUAAGUAUGAUUUUAUUCAGUUCAGGCAGGGAUGGAUCUCCUUGUGAUUUAGAAAUUGUUUGGCAUCUAAAUUAAAGUUUAUAGUUUAAGGAACAUCUGGGGACCAUUUGUAAAACAUACUUGGGCAUUGCUCAGUGAACGUACAAAUGUGUGCACACCAUAUAAAGUACCUUGUUACGAAUUUUCCCAUCUUGAUUCUUUACUACAAUCUUGUACAUGUAAAUCAGCCUUGGUUAAUUCGUGCACUUACUAAAACACGAGAAAGAUUUGUGAUGGCCUCCUUGUAUUGAAAAAUGCCUGAAAUGUUCCUGGACUAAAAGAAUGUUUGAUAACUCAAUUCUGUUCAUGACUAUUUUAGAAUGUAAAAUAUCUUCCAGUUUCCAAAUUGUGCCCAGUGCUUCUGAAGCUAUUUGUUUUCUAAAAUCUUUGACAUAUUCCAUUGUUUUAUAAAUACAGAUUUGAUAAGAUUGCAGUAUUUAAUAAACAUUCCCCAAUUAUG